AAGACUACUAAUGCAAUUCCCAUCCCCAGCUUAUGUCAGCUACCCCCCCCCCCCCCAGUCUGCAAAGGGUUAAGCAGAACAGCUGUAAACCGCAGCCCUAGUUCACUCUCUCUCUCUGUCCACCAAUACAGAAGCUGUAAUGUGAAUUUGGAUCCCUCCCCUCAGCCCUCUUCUAAAAUGAAAAUAGUUGGGGAGGGGUGACUGACUGGGGGGAGCAGGGGAGGGAGUGGGGGAUUGUUGAAAGUAUAUUGAAGAAACACAAGUCUAUGUAGCAAGAUCCUCACAUUUAGCAAAGAGCUUGCGAUUUUCUGCUCUCAGAUUGGAUUAAGAGAUCUUGGCUGGAGCCAGGUUCCCCAGUGACAGAGGAUAGAGCUGGAGGAGGAUUUCUUUUCUUACCCCCCCUUUUUUUUUUGCCUGAGGAUUUGUUGAGUUGCAUUAGGUCUCAGACAAGAUCUUCAGCAGCAGCUGUGGUUGCAGUGGAGGAGAUGUGGUGGUGGGCUAUGAGGACAGGACCAGGGUCUGCUCGGGUUCUCCUGCCGGUCCUACUCACCUGUUGCCUGGUCCCUGCUUUCAGCCAGAUCCGCUAUACUGUCCCGGAGGAGCUGGAUCAUGGGGCUUUUGUUGGGAACAUCGCGGAGGACCUGGGUUUGGAUAUCUCCAAGCUGUCACCCAGGCGCUUCAGGAUCGUGUCUGGAAGCAACAAGCAACACCUGGAGGUCAACCUGGAGAAUGGGAUUUUGUUUGUGAACGAGAAGAUCGACAGGGAAGAAGUUUGUGAGUUCCAGCCGGUGUGUUCCCUGCACUUACAGGUGGUGAUGGAGAACCCCCUGGAGCUCUACAGGGUAGAGGUGGAGAUUUUGGAUAUCAAUGAUAAUGCCCCCAGUUUUCCUUGGCACGAUUAUGUGUUGGAGGUAACCGAGUCUGCCGCUCCUGGUGCCCGCUUCCCCCUGGAGAGUGCCCAGGACCCCGAUGUGGGCACCAACUCCCUGCGCACCUACAAGCUCAGCCCCAAUGGGUUCUUCUCCUUGGAGGUGCAGAGCAGGAGCGACGGCAGCAAAUUCGCGGAGCUGGUGCUGGAGAGACCCCUGGACCGGGAGCAGCAGAAGACGCAUCGGGUGCAGCUCACAGCCAUGGAUGGGGGGGUACCUGAGCGAUCCGGUACCGCACUGGUUAUAGUAAGUGUUCUGGAUGCCAAUGAUAACGUGCCCACCUUUGACCAGACCUUUUACCGGGUCAGUCUACAGGAAAACGUGCCCCGGGGAACCCUGGUCAUCAAGCUCAAUGCCACCGAUUUGGACGAGGGCACCAACGGGGAGAUCGAGUACUCUUUCAGCGGACACGCACCCCAGAAGGUGAGGGACCUGUUCAUGGUGGAGCCUCGCAGCGGCAAUGUCAGGGUUAAAGGGAUCCUGGACUACGAAAAGUCCAAUCUGUAUGAGCUGUACAUACAAGCCAAGGACAGGGGCCCCUCGGCGGUGGCCGUGCACUGCAGGGUGCUGGUGAACCUGCUGGAUGUGAAUGACAAUGCUCCAGAAGUCAUCCUCACCUCCGUGUCUACCCCGGUUAUGGAGGAUGCCCCUCCAGGGACUGUCAUAGCUGUCAUCAGCGUCAUGGAUCGGGACUCUGGGAGCAACGGGGAUGUCAACUGUGAUAUCCCCAAAAAUGUCCCCUUCCAGCUGCACUCAUCCUACAAGAACUACUACACCCUGGUGACCACCGAGGUGCUGGACCGGGAGGCGGUGUCCGAGUACAACAUCACCAUCAGCGCCCGAGACUUCGGGGCUCCUCCGCUCAUGACCAAGAAGGUCAUCAAUGUCCAAGUGACGGACAUCAAUGACAACGUCCCCACCUUCGUGCAGCCUUCCUACACCAUGUAUGUCAUCGAGAAUAACCCCCCGGGGGCUUCCAUCUGCUCAGUCACUGCCCUGGACCCUGACUCCAACCAGAAUGCCUACCUGUCCUAUUCCAUCAUGGAGGGUCAGAUCCAGGGCAUGCCAGUGUCCACCUACGUGUCCAUCAACUCGGACAGUGGCAACAUCUAUGCCCUGCGCUCCUUUGACUAUGAGCAGAUCCGGAACUUCCAGAUCCGAGUGCAGGUCCAGGAUGCUGGUUUCCCUCCUCUAAGCAGCAACGUGACGGUCAAUGUCUUCAUCCUGGACCAGAAUGACAAUGUCCCUGUCAUUGUCUCACCUCUGCCCAAGAAUGGCACUGUGGCUACUGAGAUCCUGCCCAGGUAUGCAGAUCCUGGCUACUUGGUGGGUAAGAUCUCAGCUAUGGACGCUGACUCUGGCCAGAACUCUCGCCUCUCCUAUCAGAUCCUCCAAGCUACUGAUGCCACCUUAUUCAGCAUUGCCUUAUAUACAGGGGAGCUGAGGACUAUACGAGCUCUGGGGGACAGGGAUGCUACAAAACACAGACUCCUGAUCCAAGUCAGAGACAAUGGUCAGCCCUCCCUGUCCACCUCUGUCUCUAUAGUAGUGACUGUGGUGGACAGCAUCCCUGAGACCCCCUCAGAACUGAAUGAUCUGCCCUUAAAUUCAGACCCUUCCACCACCUCUUCCCUAACCCUCUAUCUCAUAGUGUCCCUUGGCUCAGUAUCCUUCACCUUCUUGGUGGCCAUCAUUGUCCUGACCAUCAUUAAAUGUCACAAAGACAGACUGUCCCUGCAGGAUUACAAGUGCUCCUCCAUGCCUACCUGUUGCUGCUGCCUGAGGUCUACAUCCUCAGGAGAUGUCUUUAAGAAUUCCAAUAUUAAUCUGCAAAUCUCCUCUGGGAAUAAAGUUCAAACCAACUGCAUGGAGUCCUCAGGGAGUGGCUCCCAAAACUACUGUUAUAAAGUGUGCCUGACCCCAGAGUCAGCCAAGAGUGACUUCAUGUUCCUAAAACCCUAUAAUUCCACAACCACCCAAAACAAUGAGAAAAUCCCAGAAAAAACAGCUCCGGGAAAAGGUGGACAGAACCCCCCAGCUGUAAACAAUGCAGUCAAUGAGAUAAAGCUUCCAAAUACUGACUGGUCACCUCAGAAGACACAGAAACCAGGCCUUAAAAGCUCACAGAGUCUUGAAGACCUUGGAACUCGAAAAGGUGUGAAAACAGAUCACGACAGACUACGUUCACUAGUUUCCCCAGUGACUGACAUAAAGAAGACACCUCCAUCAUCAAAUGGAGUAUGGAGCCCCAAGUAUGGUGUGCCAUUUCAGCAACACGUGCCAGCGCUGGACUAUCAACAUAAUGUAUAUAUUCCGGGGACACCCACCCUCCUGGCCAACAAGCAAGGUCAUUAUAUAGAGCAUGAGGAGAAAAACAGUUUUUCCACUUUUGGGAAGAAGAGGAAAAUGACAUCUUGUUGUGAUGUACACGAUGAUAUGAUCAUAAACAAUGACCUAAAAUGAACAAUGGAUCUAGGGUGUAGGCAUCUAUCACAAAGGACAGAGGACCGAAGCCACAAUCUAAGCAGCCUGGAACCUCAGCAGUUAAGAAACUGUGUCAUUACUAUGUAAAGAACACUGUCUCAACUCACCUACCUGAUGUCUGUUUGUGUGUGAUAAUUCUGGCAACACAAUUUGUGACAGGUCCCGAUCAAUAAAGUGCAAUGGGACAAGGAGAUCUAAAAUUAAUCUGUAACACUUGAAAUGAAAGUGCACUCGGAGAGGUAAUGAAGGCGCAAAAUAUACGUACACAAAGACAAUGAAAAUAAAUGACAGUGAAGCUGUGUGUUGAGUAAAUGGACAGGAUGCAAUUUCAUUUGGUAAAACAGAUUCAAUGUGGGUGAGAAUGAAAGUCGCUUGUGUGUAAAAAGCAAUUUUCUCUAUCUGCAGUCAAGCGAAAGGCUUCCUUCAGGACUGGAGUGAAUAAGAGGACAUCCUUUCUGAAAUGUCAUUUUGAGUUUCAGCCUUUGGCGAUUUCCAUUUGGUGACAGCUCUGACUUUCAUUGUUAAUAUGUGAAUGUACACAGUGUGUAUACCCAUUUUUUUUGCUGGACCUGUAUGUCUGCGCGUGUUGUGCAAAUGGAAGGGUGUGUGCUGUCACAUCGUCCUAUAGGGUAUAAUCAGUGGGAUGCAUUCAUUGUCACUAACAUACGGAAGAUUAAACUUCAUGUAAAUAUAUGUAUAUGCUAUUUUUCAAAUACCAAUUGUAUUAAAGAGUGCUGGACUCACUAUGGUGGUUUAUAUGAUUAUGUGAAAAUGAGUAUUUUUAAUACAAAGCUUAUCUCCUGGGAAAUGAUGGAGCGGGGGACUGAAAUUAAAUGGAAAUAAAAAAGGUCAGCAUAGUAAUUGGACAGUUAAAUUCAUGUGAUAUUUUGUGCCUGUGCAUUUUGUCAUCUCAAAUCACUUCACGGUUUUAAUCAGCUUUUUAAAAGCUGAAAAAUCCUCAUUUUUUAAAGGCUUGCUUAUAAUGUGAAGGACAACUGUCAAUAAUGGUAAUACUAAUACAUCUCUCAAUGCUACACUUGCUUUGAAUGGAAUAGUGUUAAUUUUUUUGGUAGAAAAAAAAUAUAGACCCUCUUUGGAGCUAUUUUAAAUAUUAUAUUCAAUUGAAUCUCAACCUUUUGUUGUCAAGUGAUUUUCAGGUUUUGAAUUCCAUGCUGGUGAAUGUAUUCAUGUGAUUUUUACCUUUUUUUCUAAUACAUAACUUCAAACCCCUGCAUAGGUAUAGAUAUGAAAGAAGCCAUUCUGGUUGCCUGCAGCUGCUGCUAAAUAUAGCUUUUCUAGUGCUAUUUUUGACAGGUAUCUUUUCCUUCACCUUAUCCUAAUUACUCCUGUUUGUAAGCCAAACACCUACUGCUUAAUGUUGUGUAGGUCCCUCUCAUGCAGCUAAAACAUCUCUGACCAAUUGAGACAUGGACUCCACAAGACCUCUGAAGGUGUCCUGUGUCAUCUGGCACCAAGUCAGCAGCGUCAAAUUAUGUAUGUCAAGUUGUAAGGAUUGGUUUUAAUGGAUUGGACUUGUUUUAAGAUAAGCCAUCAAUAUAAAGUCAGUGGAACCAACUCCUGACACCAACCAUCAGAUGAUUGAGAGGGCUGUGCUUGGCUCUACAUGUAGCCUAGUCCCAUUAACUUGAAUGAGACCGAAUUGCAGUGAGCUGCAGUACCAGGCUUGGCCACUAUAAAAUAUAUAGUGUUCCAUGGGCCCUCAAAGGGCAACAUAUUUUUUCUCCCAUUAUGCCUGGGCUGCUGCAAUUAAAAGGACAACAAACCUUGACUUACCUUCCUCGCGCUCCCCCGAUGGCACUAGUAUGGCUGUCGCUUCCUCUGGUGUGAUCUACUUUCUGCUUCUGGGGUGCAACACGUCACACUGAUGCUCAGCUAAUUGAUGGCCACAAUGAUGUUCCACCUUGGCCAGUGUUUGGCUGAGCGGCAGUGUGAUGUAUGAAGCCCUGGCCCCAGUCUUCUUUCUGGUGCCCAAUACAUCGCACUGCUGCUUAGUGAUGCCAGCGCCAUGUUUAUUAUUUAAAUAAAAAUAAAUUGUAGAAGUCCAGGCAAGAUGGAAGAAUAAACAUUUUUGCCGGAGUACCCCUUUAAAUCAUUUGAUCUAUGAGGGUGCUGGGAGUCUGACCUCUACUGAUUUCAUACUGAUGGCUUAUUGUAACAAAAAAUUCCCAUUUUCAACAGAAUAAGAGAUGUUAUAUGAUGUUACAUGAAAGUGACUUGAACAAAAGAAGUCUGAAAAAUAGCAUAUUAAAAAUGUUCUUACCUUCUUUACUUAUACAGCAAUAUCUUUACUAUGACUAGUGUUGCUCACGAAUAUUCGCAAUUCGAAUAUUAUUCGCGAAUAUCGCAUAUUCGCGAAUUCGCGAAUUUCGCGAAUAUAGCGCUAUAUACUCGUAAUUACGAAUAUUCUUUUUUUUUUAUUUUUUUUUAUUUUUUUUUUCACAGUACACAUCACAGUGAUCACCCCUCUCUGCUUCCAGCUUGUGUGGUGUAAAGAAGGCUGUAUUACUACUGUGUGAGACUGGCGUGCGAAAAUUCGCAUAUGCGGAAAUUAGCAUAUGCAAAUUUUCGCAUAUGCGAAUUCUCGCGUGUUUUAAUUUUGUAUAUGCUAAUAUUCACAUAUGUUGAUUUUCGCAUACGCGAAUUUACGCAUAUGCGAAAAUAAAACGAGAAUAUAACGAAUAUGCGAAUAUUCGCGAAUAUAUGACGAAUAUUUGUCCAUAUAUUCGCGAAUAUUCGCGAAUUCGAAUAUGGCCUAUGCCGCUCAACACUAACUAUGACUUAGUAUUAAGAGCUAAGACAAGUCUCAGCUACUAUGUAGGGGACUCCCAACAAAUGAUCACAGUAUUCCAGUAAUAUAUGUAUGUAUGUAUAUAUAUACAUAUAUAUACAUAGUGCAAAAAUUAUUCCAUUAAAAGAUAGAAAAAAACAGAUAGUAGCAGCAUUUUGGAUUCCUCAAGAAACCUUUUUUAAGCUAGAGAAGGUUCUGUUAGGGAACGAAAACGUUGCAACCACUGGCUACAUUAGUGACAUCCUCCAAGGAGCAAAGAUCAGCAUGGUGAUUGACAGAAAUGUUUUAAGGUAAUAUUUUUUAAAACAUUUAUCUCAUCGGUCAACCCCAUUUAAGUAGCAUUUUAUAAUGUAUAUUUAGAGUAAACCAUUAUAACCAUAAUAGCAACUCCAUUGAAUUUUCUAAGACUAUACUGUACAUUGAUGCCCUAUUUUUAGAUGUGCCCUGUUUUUAUGAUUAACAGUAUGAAUCUGGCAUGGCAUUCUAGCAGUCACCUCUUACAUGAAGU